UGUGCAAAUUACUUCGCCGAAAUAGUACUUCGCCGAAAUAUUUUCUUUUGCAACCAUUUUCUCUAUAGUUUUUAGUUUUCUAUAUUUUUUCUAAACCUAACUAUGCCGCGAAAACGUUAUGUUUGCAAAAACAAUAAAAGAUCACGUGCGGCUAGAGCUCGGGAGAAGAAGAAACAGGAGAAGAAAGAAGAGUCUGCUUCUGUUUUGAAUAACUUUUUGGUUGAACUGGAAGAUAGUGAUGACGAGAUAGUGAUGGCUGAUGCUGGAAGCUCCAAUGCAAGCUGGGACCAACGUAAUUCACCUGAAAAUUCAUUCAAUGUUGAAAACGAAAUGAACCACGGUGAUGAGUUGCCGCCUUUACUCUUUGAGCGAGGAGAAGCGGAACCAACAGCAACACAGCUAAGAGGCCGCCGCAUUGUGGACAUUCAACAUGUACUAAAACAACUCCAAGUGAUAGCGAGUCACCCAAAACAAUGCACUAUGGGGAAAUAUACAUACAAAAGAGAAAUCACCAACGGAUUAUUUUGUAAAUGGCUGUUCUACUGUGAUAACUGCGAAAGAGAGUUCAUUGUUACAUCAGAACCAGCCAAUCAAAAAGAAGAUGUAAAUGACGCUCUUGUAUGGGGAGCCAUGGCGGUUGGAAUUGGAUUUUCGCAACUUGAAGAAAUGAUGAGUGUGUUGGAUGUUCCAAUCAUGGGUCACAAUAAGUACAAAAGCCAUGAGACAAGAGUUGGUAAUGUGAGUACAAUACAUUUCCACUGCUAUUUUCAACUGUAUUUAUCUCUAAGCAAAAGUGAGAAAGUCUCAAAAUCAUCAAUUUGUCUAAUUUUGAGAGUCUAAACUCUCAAUAGUCGUAAAUAUUGAAUAAAUGCU